AUGAAUGUGACGGAGAGCUCUUCAGCACCGGUCGAUCCCACACUCAUUUUCGGUCCACAAAGAGACCCCAUGUCCAUAGUAUUGCCGAUAACAAUAAUAUAUUCACUUAUAUUUAUAACUGGACUACUGGGAAAUAUAUUUACAUGCAUAGUCAUAGUAAGGAAUAAAAGUAUGCACACAGCUACAAACUACUAUUUAUUUAGUUUAGCUAUGUCAGAUCUGCUUUUACUUGUAAGUGGGAUGCCACAGGAGAUGUAUUCAAUAUGGUCGAAGUGGCCGUAUGUGUUUGGCCAUAGUUUUUGUGUGAUAAGAGGUCUAGCGGCAGAAGCUUCAACGAAUGCCAGUGUUUUAACGAUAACUUUGUUUACGGUGGAGAGGUACCUAGCGAUAUGUCAUCCAUUUGUGUCACACAAGAUGUCGAAGCUGUCGCGAGCAACGAAGCACGUGAUAUGUUUGUGGAUAGUGGCGGUGUUGUUGGCGUUACCUCAAGCGCUACAGUUCGGCAUUCGGGAGCACAAAGGAGUAGAGAUGUGCCUGCAAACAAAAGUCAUCAUAGAACACUCGUUUGAAAUAUCGACGUUUUUCUUCUUUUUGGCACCGAUGGUGCUGAUCACGGUGCUAUAUUCACUGAUAGGGCUGAAACUGAGAGAAACAAGCAUAAGUAAACAACAGUCACAAAAAGAUUUCGAAUCAGCAAUGAGAUGCACACAUAAAAUAAGUCGAAAACACAACCAGUCCACAAAGAGAGUUGUCAAGAUGUUGGUGGCAGUGGUGGUGGCAUUUUUUAUCUGUUGGGCGCCUUUCCACGCUCAGCGGCUCGUCGCGAUAUAUGGCACUACUGAGCACCACCGCGCACGGUCACCAAUUCUCCUUUCUGUGUACUCUUUCCUUACCUACACUUCUGGAGUCUUCUACUACAUGUCUACGUGCAUCAACCCCAUAUUUUACCACAUAAUGUCCAAUAAAUUUAGAGACGCCUUCAAGAACUCAGUGAUGCUCUGGUGCUGCCGGUCCAGCGAGAGGGCGGCAGCGAAGCGCUGUUCGUACACAGCCAUCGCCUUCCAACGGAAUCCAACGUCCAGUGGUAAUUCACUGAAGAACUCGUUGCGGCAGGAGCCAAGUAUCCGCAACAAGUUGAGACACGACUGCAGAGAUCAGUUUCUGCCAACAGUGAACGUCUGCCACAACGGCAGGACCAUAGUCACACCUCCACUCCAUGACUGCAGGACAUGCAAACACCACUCCACCAGCAGCCUCCCAAGGAUGAGAUUAUUAACAAUAGAAACUCGUACGUCGACACAACAUUGCGAUUAGCAGACGGAAGGAGAAGACCAUGCUCCCCAGUCUGCUGUUCCUAUCCUUCACCCCCUGCCGAAAUAAUCACAACUACCCCCGACGGCAUAGUACCAAUAGAAAGAACAGACUACUCAGCAGACGAGUCAAAAAACUACCUGAAGGAAAUUAAACUAAGAAUAAUACAACAUGAAAAAGAAUUUGGAUAA